AUGACUUUUCUAUUGUGCCCAUCUCAUCCUUUUCCAUUAGGAGCUCUUGUCUCUGUUCGAGCUGUUCUACAUUUAUCUCUCUUUUUAGCUAAAUGUUGUGGCACAGGCAUUUUAAGAUUUUGUUGUCCAUCUAAAUCAACAUGUAGUUCCUACCCUAUCUGCGAUAAUUAUUAUUAUUGGGGAAGUCUGACACUUGCUGGUCUAAUCGGUGUUAUUGCGGCUAGUAUUAUUGGAUGUAUCUUAUUAAUUGCAUUAUGUAGCUGCUUGUGUAAAAGACGACAACGAACAACAGAAAGACAUAUAACAUUUUUACCACAAUCAUUUCAUAAUCCUGUUGUACAUCAAGCACCACCACCUUAUACAUAUUCUACUAAAGCAUAA